CAGUCAUCGAAGGCAAUCUCUCUCGGUGCCUCAUUUCACGUUCCAGCAAACGUUCGCUGAUUUCAGUGGUUGAACUCGUGUUUAAAAUGUUGGCUAUUGUGACGACUGUGACCGAUUGUGACAGUUCAAUAAAAUGCAUUAAGUUGGAGAUCAGUUUGCCGUUUGGGUUUCGAAGUCCGUGUAAUCAGUGAAUGGGGAGACAAGUGGUUCAGUAAAGUUCAGUAACUUGCGGAGAAUCGGAAUGUAUGGUAGCCUAGUAGCAGAGUGAAGGGAACAGUUGGUGCUUAGAAGAUCAUACGGGUCUAAUUACGAUAGAAAUCUGGAUUAUAUUUACUUCAAUUAAAAGUAGGCGUUAAACUGUUACACUUAGUAAGAAUAAAUAUAUAUCUUAAAAUUAUUAGACCAAACGUUUGGGAUUGCUCGACUAUGUCGGGUGAUCAUAAAACUGUAAUUAAGGGCAAUCCCUCCCAAUAUGUUAAACUCAAUAUUGGUGGAUCGUUACAUUACACCACCAUUGGAACUUUAACUAAACAUGACACAAUGCUCAGAGCUAUGUUUAGUGGCCGUAUGGAAGUAUUAACUGAUUCUGAGGGUUGGAUCCUUAUCGACAGGUGUGGGAAGCACUUUGGAACGAUAUUGAAUUUCCUACGAGACGGGUGUGUUCCUUUACCAGAAAGUUCUAAGCAGAUGGCAGAAUUGCUAGCUGAGGCAAAAUAUUAUUGCAUUUCCGAGCUGGCAGAAUCGUGUGAACAGGCACUUCUCAAGAAGGAGCGUGAUGCAGAACCAAUAUGCAGAGUUCCACUUAUCACGUCUCAAAAAGAGGAGCAGCUGCUUAUUAGCUCAACGAGCAAGCCUGUUGUGAAGCUGCUGAUAAACAGACAUAAUAACAAAUAUUCAUAUACAGGUACAUCUGAUGACAACUUGCUGAAGAACAUUGAGCUAUUCGACAAGCUGUCUCUACGGUUCAGUGGACGAGUUCUUUUUAUUAAGGAUGUCAUUGGAUCGAGUGAAAUUUGUUGCUGGAGUUUCUAUGGUCAUGGCAAGAAAGUUGCUGAAGUGUGUUGCACUUCAAUUGUAUAUGCCACUGAUAAGAAACACACAAAGGUUGAGUUUCCAGAUGCUCGCAUUUAUGAAGAGACACUCAACAUCCUUCUGUAUGAGAACAGGACUGGUCCUGAUCAAGAAUUAAUGCAGGCAACUUCUACUAGAGGAGUAGUUUCUGGAAUGUCAUCGUACACGAGCGACGACGAGGAAGAGCGCUCAGGUUUAGCACGACUUCGAUCUAAUAAGCAGAACAAUCCUUAAAUAUUCACACAGUAUUUGUUUCAACAUUAAAUGUGUCCUUGUCUGGAAUGUGUAUCAAAGGACUUAAACGUCUAUAUCUGUGAGUCAUAAGUUUAUAUUGAAAGUAUAUUUUUAUUUAUAUCUUAUAUGAGUAUUUUUUAGGGGUUGUAUGCUAGAAACAUAUGCCCCAAUAUAAAUUUGUUGGUGUCACAUUUUUGUAACAGACUGAUUAACAUUCAAAGGGCUGUAAGUGGCCAUGUUAAAAAUGUGGAACUAAUAAUUUACUGUACAUUAUAUUAAUAAAAUAAUAAUAUGAAAUUUA